AUUUUGAUUGAAGGCGCAUCCCCUUCUCCCUUUCAAAUUUUGGUCUCCACUACGAAUUCGCACAAACCCUACCCACAUCUUUUUUUUUUUUUUUCUUUUGCAGUUGCUAGGCACCAAGAUGAAAGUCAACAUCUUGCAUGGCAUGCUGUUGCUUCAUGGACUUGGGAUGCCCAGGAUGAAACCUGUGGGAUUUGUAGGAUGGCCUUUGAUGGAUGUUGUCCUGACUGUAAACUUCCUGGAGAUGACUGCCCAUUGAUUUGGGGUGUAUGCAAUCACGCAUUUCAUUUGCACUGUAUCCUGAAAUGGGUGAAUUCUCAGACAUCACAAGCGCAUUGCCCCAUGUGCCGUCGGGAGUGGCAGUUUAAAGGAUGAGAGCAAAAUUCUCUUUUUUUUGAAGUGUGAUCACAGAGAGCAACAUUAUAAAUUGGUAUGGUUAAAUUGAGGACCUUUCUUCUUCGACUUUUCCAUGCAUACAAGAUGUAUUUUCCUUAUUAGCAAAUCUGUAUCUUCAUUGUAACUUGUAAGGAGAUCGAAAUCAAAGUUUCUGUAAAGUGCAAGUUUAUUUUUUCCACUAAUGACUAAUGAUAAUGUCCUUUUCUUUUGUUUUC